AUGGAGGUGAACGUCGUUAAAAAACGCCAUCGCACACGGUCCAAAGGAGUCAGAGCUGCCGUGGAAGCAGUAACACAGGAGUUAUUCAGCUGUCCCACCCCAGGCUGUGAUGGCAGCGGUCAUGUCAGCGGGAAGUACGCCAGACACCGCAGCAUCUACGGCUGCCCGCUGGCCAAGAAGAGGAAGGCUCUGGAAAAACAGCCACUGGAGCCAGCUGCCAAGAGGAGGCCUUUCCUCACCUCCUGCCCAGGGGAGGAGCAAGGGGAAGUAGUGGAGGACGAUGAGGAGGAAGAGGAAGGGGAGAGAGAAGGAGAUGAGGACGGUGAAGUGGAGGACGAGUUCUCAGAGGACAACGAGGAGCAGGGAGAGGAGGAGGAGGAGGAGGAAGAUGAAGAAGAGGAGGAGGUAGAGGAAGAAGUGGAGGACGGUGACGAUGAGGAGGAGCAGGAGGAGGAGGAGGGAGAGGAAGAUGAACAAGAGGAGGAGGAGGAGGAAGAGGAGGAGCAGAAUGAGAACCACUACAAAUCCAGUGGACAAUCAAAGGUCAUCCCAAUUCUGAAGGACGACAACAACAACAACAGCUGCGCCAUCGGCGCCAGUAACGGCACCGGAGAGGAGUACGAGAACUACGACGAGCUGGUCGCCAAGUCGCUGCUCAACCUGGGCAAGAUCGCAGAAGACGCCGCCUACCAGGCCAUGACCGAGUCUGAGAUGAACAGCAACUCUUCCAACAGCGCCGGGGAGGACGACGAAGAUGAUGAGGAUGACGGCAGCGAUCAGGGGGACCGGAAGGGCGAGCUGAGCGUGGACCUGGACAGCGAUGUAGUCAGAGAGACGGUAGAUUCCCUGAAGCUCCUGGCGCAGGGCCACGGCGCCAUGCUGCCCGAGGACGGAUACCCAGAAGGUUCCAUGGUGGACGAUGGCGGCCAUGCUAACGGGCGGCCCGGGGUCGGGCUCCGUGUUCAGGAGGAUGAGAGCGAGGAGGAGGUGUGUCUCAGCAGUCUGGAGUGUCUGAGGAACCAGUGCUUCGAUCUGGCUCGCAAACUGAGCGAGACGCAGACGUCCGAUCGGGAUGCACAAAAGCAGAAAAUGUAUUUAAAAAAACAUUUGCUUGGUUCACAGGGGGAGCCCAGGUCUCUGGAUCGCAGCUACUCUGACAUGGCCAACCUGAUGAAGCUGGAGGAGCAGCUGAGCCCAGCAUCCAGAGGUUAUCCAACCAGCUGCAGCCAGGAGGGCGACGAAGACACCACGUCGGUGGCCUCCGACCGCUCGGACGAGACCUUUGACAUGGCCAAGGGAAACCUGUCGCUGCUGGAGAAGGCCAUCGCCCUGGAAUCAGAGAGGGCAAAGGUGAUGAGGGACCGGAUGGCCUCGGAGCACACGUUUCCCCGUCGAGAUCACCACCAUCAUCAUCAUCGCGGCCAGGGUGAGCACAGCCCAAGGCUGAGCGAGGAGCGCAAGUCCAGGAUGCACCACGAUGGGUUGAAGAGGGCGUACUACCCUAAAGACUCUUCCAGAGGCGAGAAGAAAGAGAGUAAGUGUCCGACGCCGGGUUGUGACGGGACUGGUCACGUGACGGGUCUGUACCCGCACCACCGCAGCCUGUCCGGGUGUCCUCACAAAGACCGAGUCCCGCCUGAGAUCCUUGCCAUGUAUGAAAAUGUUUUAAAGUGCCCCACUCCUGGCUGCUCUGGACGGGGUCAUGUCAAUAGCAACAGGAACUCGCACCGCAGUCUGUCCGGCUGUCCCAUCGCUGCCGCAGAGAAGAUGGCGAAGGUCCACGAGAAGAGCCACUCGACUGACAGCGGCAGUAAGACCAAUCAGACGUCAGACCGUGUCCUCAGGCCGAUGUGUUUCGUCAAGCAGCUGGAGAUUCCUCAGUAUGGCUAUAAAAACAACGUUCCCACAAGCACGCCACGCUCCAACCUGGCCAAGGAGCUGGAAAAAUACUCCAAGACCAGCUACGACUACACCGGCUACGACAGCCAGCAUGGCAGCUACGGAAAGAGAGGCCCGACAACCAAGUCCCACCACGGCCGAGACACCUCCCCAAAGGGAUACGAUGCGAAGCGCUACUGUAAGACGUCGAGCCCGGCCAGCAGUACGACCAGCAGCUACGCGCCCAGCAGCAGCAGCAGCCUGAGCUGUGGAGGAGGAGGUGGUGGAGGGGGUGGAGGAGGAGGAGGAGGAGGAGGAGGAGGAAGCAGCGCCAGCAGCACCUGCAGUAAGAGCAGCUUCGACUACACCCACGAUAUGGAGGCGGCCCACAUGGCAGCCACGGCCAUCCUGAACCUGUCGACGAGGUGCAGGGAGCUCCCGCACGCUCUGGGAGGGAAACCCCAGGACCUGCUGACACAGGUAAGUCCGGUUGGCGACCUGGACGACAGCGGCGCGGUGGACGUGGCCGGUCAGCCGGGCGGUCCGGAGGGCAGCGGGACGGUGUUAACCCCCCUGCAGCCGAUGUCACCCCAGCGGCAGGCUCUGCUCAGCAGCCGCUGCUACCAGCUGAGCGAAGCCGACUGCUGGGACCUCCCCGUCGACUACACCAAGAUCAAACGGCUGGGAGAUGAGCAGGACCACAAAGAGGUAACGGGAAGCGACGAGCUGGAUCCCUUCCAGGAGCUGCUGGACGAGCAGCGCUACCCGGCCGAGGUCACCAUGCCCAGCCCCAAACACCACAAGUAUCCUCCCUGCAAGGAGAGCAAGAAGGAGCUCAUCACGUUGUCGAGCUGCCAGCUGGCCGACAAGAACAUCCGCGGGAUGAUGACGACCAACGCACAAGAACUCAAGUGUCCGACCCCCGGCUGCGAUGGAUCUGGACACAUCACCGGAAACUACGCCUCCCACAGGAGCCUGUCCGGUUGUCCACGAGCCAAGAAGAGCGGCAUCAAAAUCCUCCACAGCAAAGAGGACAAGGACGACCAGGAGCUCAUCAAGUGUCCGGUGCCUGGCUGCGAUGGACAGGGUCAUGUGACGGGGAAGUACGCCUCCCACCGCAGCGCCUCAGGCUGCCCCUUGGCGGCAAAGCGGCAGAAGGACAGCUACGUCAACGGCUCGCAGUUUGUGUGGAAAUCUGGCAAGACGGACGGCAUGAGCUGCCCGACCCCAGGCUGCGACGGCUCAGGACACGUCAGCGGGAGCUUCCUGACCCAUCGGAGCCUCUCCGGCUGUCCCCGUGCCACCUCGGCCAUGAAGAAGGCCAGGAUGAGCAGCGUGGAGAUGCUGACAAUCAAGCAAAGAGCGAGCAAAGGCAUCGAAAACGAUGAAGAAAUCAAACAGCUGGAUGAAGAAAUCAAAGAUCUGAACGAGUCCAACAAUCAAGUGGAAUCAGACAUGAUAAAACUGAGGACACAAAUCACGACCAUGGAGACCAACCUGAAGUCCAUCGAGGAGGAGAACAAGGUGAUCGAGCAGCAGAACGACUCGCUGCUGCACGAGCUGGCCAACCUCAGCCAGUCGCUCAUCAACAGCUUAGCUAACAUCCAGCUUCCACACAUGGAGCCAAUGAAUGAACAGAACUUUGACACUUAUGUGAGUACAUUGACAGACAUGUACACUCACCAGGACCAGUACCAGAGCCCGGAGAACAAGGCGCUGCUGGAGAACAUCAAACAGGCCGUUCAGGGUAUCCAGGUCUAG